AGGUUACACCCCUGAAGUCCCCUAGGGUGCAUCUCAAUAGUCUGCAUUGACUUCCUCAACUGUCUGUCAUUUGACUUACAUGAGAGAACUGCAGUGAAUUUGGAUCCUUGUAAGAUGUGAUUUCCCCUCACCUUUACAAAGUUCAGGGUAAGGGAGUGGGGCUACCAAUCACUGUCUACCUUGCUUGAUAAUGAGGUCCACAAAAUGCGCUCAUCUUUCAUUCAGUAAACUGAGAAGGCUUCUUCUGCUAUUAAACUUGUAUGUCUAUUUCUAAAUUAUGUUACAUAACUGGUGGGCGGGCAGCUGUGGGUGGUGGGUGGGCAGCUGUGGGUGGUGGGUGGGCAGCUGUAGGUAGCCUGCGAGAAGAAAAAACAGGAUUUUAGGCGCAACAUUCAGAGAAAUGUAUUUGCACAAUAUUCCUCCUAUUCAUGAAAACAUUGCAGUCGCCCAUGCAGUUGUUUUAAUUAACUACUCUGCGGGGACGCGGGAGGGCGAGACUCUCCCUGAUAAAGGAGAGGGGCUCAAGAAUACAGUUUCACAGAAGAUGCUCAACUGAAAGCGUCUCCUAGUUCCACUUGUUCUGUUGUGCACCGAUUAAAAAACAACUUUACACACGUUGUCGCAGACUAUUUCAGGAAGGCUAGAAGGUAAGUCGUUGUGAAUUGGUGGAGUUUUUAUAUUAUUAACAAGUAUUUGCAGAGAAUGAAAAAUGUUCUAUCUAAACUGUAGGCUAACCUUUUUGUCUCUGCGUUGACAUAAUUGACCAUCCAAGUCAUUUGAUAAAGCUUUUGUGCUUAUUUCAGUUGGAUGUGCAUGGUUACCACUUUUCCAGUACGGUCUACCUCUGUUUCCUGGUCAGUGUGGAUGCAAAAUAAUGUUCAGGUGGAUAUUAGGUUCUAGGUGACUGUAAGGGAAUUCUGCUCUAUGCACACAAGAGACCACAGGAAAACUUCUUUGAUCAGAGGUUUUGUUUAAUAAGGAUUGCAACCCGGAGUACACAUUUACAGCAAUUUGCAAGCAAGACACUCAGUUCUAAAGAUAUUUUCCCUUUUUAUCCCCUACUAUAGUUCACCCCGUCCAGGGUGAUGUCCAUUAACUUUAAUACCAUAUAAGCUCAUAAUUUUCACUCCACUGGGCGGAGUUCAGUUUAUUGUGUUAUUGGUAGUUAGUUUCCCAAUCCUUCUUCCUCUUAUUGCUAUCAUGUGCUAGCAGAAGUAAGACUGGAAUAGCAUCAACAGAAACUGGCUUAGUUCCCUUUAUCUAUCUGUUACCAACAGUAUAGUUCAACACACAGGCUUGUACAAUUGACCUCUUAAUGCUUGUAAUGUGUCGACACUGAUCCUUAAUCUCAAGCUAAAGCAAAACAUCAAGCAUUGUACUUUUGUAAUUACAGGUGUUCUUAAGUAACAGUUCAUACAUAGUAUGUCUUUUCCACACCCAAGCGUCUUCCUAUAAUGUACAGAUAUUAUAAAAUUCCUUACAGUGACCUGUGUAGAAUUCAUCAUGACUGGUGUGGCGAAGGCAUGUCAUCACUGUCUGUCUAAAAUGGCCAGUAAUGGUGAGUGAGUCACACACAAACACACACAAUGUAUUCAAAAACAUUAAUUAACAUGAAGGAACUGAAUUGCACUGAUUUCAUGGAUAAAAUGUGGAUCCUCUGUAGCUGCACUCGCAACGCCAUGAUAGUGGGUUUGAUUCCAGCGACCAUGACUGUCAGUUGCUUUGGAUAAAAGCAUCUGCUAAAUGGCAUAUAUUAUUAUAUAUAUUAAAAUAGAGUUGGUGAUCACUUUAUUAGCACUUCAGAUAUGGGUACUUUCCCUCUAAUCAAUAGACUCUGUUAAGACCUGCUAAGUACCAUAGGCUAAAUCUGUUAAGACCUGCUAAGUACCAGAGGCUAAAUCUGUUAAGACCUGCUAAGUACCAUAGGCUAAAUCUGUUAAGACCUGCUAAGUACCAGAGGCCAAAUCUGUUAAGACCUGCUAAGUACCAGAGGCUAAAUCUGUUAAGACCUGCUAAGUACCAUAGGCUAAAUCUGUUAAGACCUGCUAAGUACCAGAGGCUAAAUCUGUUAAGACCUGCUAAGUACCAUAGGCUAAAUCUGUUAAGACCUGCUAAGUACCAGAGGCCAAAUCUGUUAAGACCUGCUAAGUACCAGAGGCUAAAUCUGUUAAGACCUGCUAAGUACCAGAUAAUUCUGAGUUUUUGAUGUUUUGAUGUUUGUUUUUUACACCACUGGUUUCUGAGUCCAAGUCAAGACCGAGUAAAAAUGUAUCCGAGACAAGACCGAGACACUCAAUAUGUGGUCUCGUGACCGGACUCAUCUGGAGUAGGCCUGCUACAACACUGGAUAGUGGUAAUGGUAGUUUAAUAAGAGGUUAGAUUCAGUGUCAGAAAAUGUUCAUGUCAUCAAGAGGCAAUUGAUUUUGCAGCAGUCAAAGUGCAUACAGAGGAGGCCACAUAUUAAAAUGGAAAACACAACAACAACAGAAAGAAAAGCUACGUACUUGUUUGAGUGGAGCUGGUUAAUGCUUUGCAUGUAUUUUUCUGGACAGAUUUAUAACGGUUUCUUUUUCUCUAGCCUACUUUGUGGUGGGACUUCUGUUCUUUCUUGCCGUUCCUCUCACCAUGGCGUUUGUAGGUCACGCUGCUCCUGUACGACACCACCCGCAUGAGGUCGCUCAUCUCCAAGUCGGUCGUCAUCGGCGACGACGAUGCCGACGAGUAUCCAUGGAGACAGAACGCAAACAAGUACUACGUGCACAUCAUCCUCAGCCUGUUCCUGUUCGUCUGGUUCCUCCUGGGGAACUACUGGGUGUUCUCUGUGUUCCAGCCUAACUUCAUCACACCCUUCCACCAGCCACAGGACUACUGCAGGAAGUCUCUGUACCUAUUUGCUGUGUUUGUGUUGACGCUCAGCCACACCGUGCUGCUCCUGCUACUCUGCUGUGGGGUCUGUGUACACGUCUGCUCUCAGACCAGCACCAGGGACGACUACGGGGAUAGUGAUGAAGACUGAGUGACUGACUGGCUGGCUGGAUGACUGACUCAGAGAAGCAUACAGAUGUAGGAUUUUAAUUUGAUCAUCCUGUUGUUGCAGGAAAUACAAGCUUGUAGUGUAUCUGAGGUUUAAAAAGGCUUCUGGAGUUUGUAAUUUCCACUUUGAAAUUUCAGACUUGAUUUUCCCUUACAAAAGUUGUACUGUAUCAACCCCUACAAAAAUGUCCAUUAAUUAUAAUCCACAUAAUAAUUUACAUUUCCUGUUGCUCUUAUGAUUAUUUUCCUGCUAUAGCAAACUGUCUCAAAUAAAGAUCCUACAUCUGUACAGAAAGAUUGUAGAGCACUGGGGCAUUGCAGUUAGAUGGUUCUGUAGUUAGUAGAACAGUGUAUCAUUGCAGUUUGAUGGUUCUGUAGUUAGUAGAACAGUGUAUCAUUGCAGUUUGAUGGUUCUGUAGUUAGUAGAACAGUGGGGCGUUGCAGUUAGAUGGUUCUGUAGUUAGUAGAACAGUGGAGCAUUGCAGUUUGAUGGUUCUGUAGUUAGUAGAAUGCUGGAGCAUUGCAGUUUGAUGGUUCUGUAGUUAGUAGAACAGUGGGGCAUUGCAGUUUGAUGGUUCUGUAGUUAGUAGAACAGUGGAGCAUUGCAGUUAGAUGGUUCUGUAGUUAGUAGAACAGUGGAGCAUUGCAGUUUGAUGGUUCUGUAGUUAGUAGAACAGUGGAGCAUUGCAGUUAGAUGGUUCUGUAGUUAGAAGAGCAGAGCGACAGGUGAGGUUGGGUGUGUAACGUUGGGGAGAUAUGAGCGCAGGGAAAGACUCACCUUAGCAUAACUAACAGAAGAUCUAGGCUUGUAUAUGUGACCUAUACAGUUGCACUAGUAAAGAAGAGUCAUUCUGGUGGCAACUCCAAAACAAAUCUGUGAGAUCUACAUGUAUCAUAUGUAACCACACAGGUGGGCCUAGGAGCCUGUUGUUAUCUUGAUUGCAUCAUGUAUGGGUGUUUUUGUGCAAUGUAAUUGUCUUUUUAGAUAUUAAGUUACACAAAUGAAACAUGUGCUACAAUUCUACAACUGUUUCAUGUACUUUGUAGGGUCUGAAAUGAAUUUACAAGGCAUGUUUUAUAUGCAGUUCCAGAUCAACAUUUGAUCAACACAGAUGUCAGCAUGUACAGUAUAUUCUGUUUAACUCAAUGUUGGAUUUUAGCACUAAUAUUUAUUAAUUCAUGUUUGCACUUUCUAUAGUAUUUUAAAUCACUUUGUUUGUCAGGGGGCAAUGUGCACUGUUACAUUAGGCUCUUGACUUGUGGAAGAUCAUUUUUGAACGCCGCCGAUCUAACAGUACAGCAAUACUACUGCACCAUCUAGUGGUCAAAUAAAGUACUAUGAAAGCGUAAUCUCACGACACCUCAUUUUCUUAAAUGUAAUUAUAAUCUUUAGUGGGUGUGAUGAAUAAUCUCUCAAUUUAAUUGGUGUUCAUUUUUUAUCAUAAGGACAUUUGAAUGCAAAUAAAUAAUACAUUUUUCAGAAGUAUUA